AUGAAAUGCACCGGAGAUAUUCCGAGAUGCAAGAACUGUGAGAUCCACGCCCAGGAAUGCGUUUAUACCGCGACACGGCAGAGACCGAGACCGACGAAUGCGGCGCUGGAGCAGCUGAGGGAGGAGAAUAAACGACUGCGACAGCAGACGUCGACCCCUACUCAGACGUUACCUAAUGAUGGGGAUGAAGAUCAACGAUCAAAUGUCGUACCGACUUCGACUGACCCCCUUCCAAAACACGGCGAGUCGCCAAGUCCGGUGGCUCCAACCUUCCCAAGACCAGUCAAUACUUCUUCUGCCACUCACGCCUCGACAUACCAUGGUCCUACGAGCACGCUAUUCGAUGAUGCCGCUGCGAGACGACAAGAUCGUCCCUGGCUGUCUUCUGAGCGAGAGGCAUGGAUGCCAAAGCUGCUCCUGGCUGCAGCCGCAGAACAAAGACAGCUCGAAAGUAUCAACGCCCGUGCUGGUAAGCUGGACUUUGACGGAGUCGAUCCUGAGCUCGGCCUGCAUCUUCUGAAUCUCCAUUGGAAUCGACAGCAUCAUGCUUACCAGGCAACCUACCGCCCAGCCUUCAUGCGUGACAUGGCCUGCGGUGGACCGUACUUCUCGAAGAUCCUUCUAAAUGCUAUUUACUAUGGAGCGUCGAAAUUUAGUCCUCGCCUAGAUAUCAGGAAGGAUCCUACGGAUGUCCGAACGGCUGGAUGGCGAUUUCGGGAUCGUGUGCGAGACCUGCUUGGGCCUGCGCUUGAUCACAGUCAGGUCACGACUAUUCAGGCCCUGCUGCAGAUGAGUAAUUCGCUUUUUGCACUUGGUGAUGAACAGAGCGCAUCUUGGGUAUAUGCUGGCACGGCUUUCCGAAUGAUCAUUGAUCUCGGCUUGCACGUAGAUGCCACCGCCUUGCCAAAUCUCCAGCGAUUGUCUGACGAAGACAUUGAGAUUCGGCGAAGAGUAUUUUGGUCUGCAUUCGUGAUUGACAAGAUGCAAUCCCUUUAUCAAGGCAGACCUGCAAGUUUGCAGGCAGCAGAUUGCCAAGUCCCAAUCCAGUUCCUCGAUACCUAUGAAGAGCUGGAGCAUUGGCAGCCAUUUGCAUAUACCAGCGAUAAUAAGUAUAUGGGAUCGGCCAGCUACAGCGUUUCUACGUUUUCGGAAUUGUGCAAGCUCUGCAUCAUCUUGACCGACAUCCUCAACAAGAUGUACCGGGAGGAGAGGACGAAGAAGCCGGCCAGUGCUUUGAUCGAAGACCUGAAGUCAUUGGAAGACAGUAUCCAGGAGUGGAAAACGCAACUCCCGGCACAUCUGCAUCUCGACCUCUCGAAAUCCGCCGAGUCUUUGCACAUCCCACCGCCACAUGUCCUUUCGUUGCUGGCAAUGUGGAACGUCCUUCGUGUGCUUCUCCAUCGGCCGUUUGUCUCGGAUGGACAUCUCCAUUCGACUUCACCCUCGAUCGCAGUCACCUCUUUCGUGGCCUGCGCCGAAGCAGCCACCAACAUCGUCAAGCUUGUCCGACUAUACGAUCAUGCGUUCUCGGUACGCCGAGCACCAUACCUCAUACCGUAUGCCACUUAUGUCGCUGCUACAGUCCAUGUACGCAUUGCUGCGAAACGUGCAUCAGCGUCAGAAGCGCACGAUUGCCUCAAGACGUGUCUCUUCGUUUUUGAUCAGAACUCUGCAACCAAUUGGGCAGUGAGAAAGGCUUCGAUGGUCAUCAAGAAUUUGAUGAAGAAAAUGGACGUUGCCGUCGCCAGUGGCAGCAGUUGCCAAGGUGGCGACGCGGCACGAUCAAAUAGCAGCUCGGACAGUCAAGUGCCAGGCAACGAAGGCAACGAGGACGACAACCUCGUGCCUGAACCACAACCAAGUGAGGUCCGCCCCGAGCCUACUUUGGUCGCUGGCAGCUUCCCUUCAGACUUGAACGUUGACGCCAUUAUCCAAAGUUUCAUGCAGGAGCAACAGACCAGCCUCUACGGCCAGAUGAAUCCCUCCUCAAACGACAUGCCCUUCGCACGGUCGGCCGAGACUGGUCUUGUUAAUAUACCGAAUGCUCAGUGGGUCAAUGAGUACGACGAGUUGUCUCUGCAGAGCGGCGGCUGCGGCAGCGUCGAUGAUGCACUUUUCGGCUUCAACAACUCCGACUUUGAGUGGUACUAUCCGCAGUCGAUUCAGUCUUGA